GUGCGAGGAUCUUUUAAUUGUCGCACGUAUAGCCAGGCAGCUAGAAAUUCCAUUUUUAUUAUCACGCUAUCGCAAACUGUAGUGAAACUGACAAAUUGAUAAGAAAACGAGAUAAGUGUUUCCUUUAGUUAUAUUCCCAAUACGAACGUAACUAUACAAUGUGUGUUUAGUGUCAAAUAUCCAUCGAUUGAGGAUUUUUUUGUCGAAAAAAUCGGGACACUGGCUGAAGAAUGUGAUAUUUUUGUUAUUGCAAAUCCGUCGCCAUGACAACUGUAAAGAUAACUGUCGUCGGAGAUGGUAUAGUGGGAAAGACAUGUUUGCUCAGUACUUACACCACCGGACAUUUUCCUGCCGAAUAUGUACCCACCGUUUUUGAGCAUUACGGACAAAAACUCGUAGUCGACGAUGUAGAAUAUGAUAUGACCCUAUGGGACACUGCCGGACAAGAAGAUUAUGAAAGACUUAGGCCAUUGUCUUAUCCACACACAAAUUGUUUCCUGGUGUGCUUUUCUGUCGAUAAAAAUUUGGCAUCCUAUGACAACGUUAUUCUAAAAUGGGUACCAGAAGUUAGACAUUUCAGCCCAAAUGUUCCAAUUCUUCUAGUAGCGACAAAAAAAGACUUACGGACAGAUCCCAGCUUGGCUUGCUACACGCCCGAAGAAGGCAAAAAGCUGAAACGAAGGGUCAAAGCGCAGGGCUACAUGGAAUGCUCUGCGUUAAUGAACGAAGGGUUGGAAGAGGUCUUCAUCGAAGCUAUACGGGUGUUUAAAAAGAGCAAAAACAAAAAACCAGUUGCUAGGCACUGUACUGUUUUGUAAUUUUCUUCCAAAUAAGGACUUUUUAAAUAUAUGCCAUUUAAAAUUGUGUAUAAUACGAUAAUUGCACGUUUUGUUAUUGCUGCUUUUCUAAAAUCACUUUCAAUUAAAAUACAGUGUAUAAUACUGAUGAUGUUCCAUUUAUAUUGCCGAAACGUUGGAUAUUAACCCUUAAAACUAAAAAUAAUUCGACUGACAUUGUAGGUGUUGAAAGGCUAUAAAAAUUGUUUUGUUAUGUUUUUUGGACUCCAUUCUUCUUCUGGGGGAUCUGAGAAAAAAAAACAAAUUAGCUGGAAAAUAUGCGACAAUAUCUACUAAAAAAUAUGGAAAAAAUAAUGAUAUCAGUCCUAAAACAACUAAUGGGUGAUCAGUUUUAGAGUUUUUAAUUGAAAGUAGUAGCGGAAUGUACCGUUAACUAUGCAAAUUAUUACGGUAUUAAAUUUUUGGGUUUUAAAAUAUAAUUUUUUAAAAAAGUUGUUUUUUCUUCUUCAAAACUAUGUAACUUUUUAACAUAUUUGUCUGCGUAUUUUUAGUUCGGUAUUUUUUAAAUUUCAAAUGGCAUAUUCGUUUCUAUUGUUUAUAUUCUCAAGGAACAGGCUUAAUUGAUAUUUUGACACAGUAUUUCAGAACUGGAUGUACAUUUACUUAUACUCUUUAAAUCGUAUUAAAUAAAUAAUUUAUUACAA